AUGCGCCAAAACACAAAUUAUAGGCAGGCUGUGUCAGUAGAGGUCCGUGUAGCAAUUUGCAUUUGGAGAUUGUCUACUAACCUGGAAUACAGGUCCAUUUCACACCUGUUUGCUGUAGGCUUGUCAACGUGUUGUCAAAUUACACAAGAGGUUGUAACUGCCAUAAAUGCCAUUUUAAAGCCAAAAUAUUUGAAGCAUCCCUCUGCAACUGAAUUUAGGCUGAUUGCACAGGGGUUUCGAGACCGAUGGCGGUUCCCUCAAGUGGCAGGGGCAAUUGAUGGCACACACAUAAAGAUUAGAGCCCCACCUGACAGUUCUUCUGACUAUUUUAACAGAAAGGGGGAUUACUCAAUUAUAUUGCAGGCUGUAGUGGACCAUAAAAUGAAGUUUUGGGACAUAAAUGUUGGAAGACCAGGCAAGGUCCAUGAUGCUCGUGUUUUCUCCCUCUCAUCUCUAUAUGAGCAGGGCAGCGCAGGAACUCUUUUACCUCAUUACACUGAGAUGUUUGAGGGGAUAGAUGUCCCACUUUUUCUUUUGGGUGAUUCUGCCUAUCCGCUGCUAAACUGGUUGAUGAAACCUUAUCCAGAGGGUACAGGGGUAACACCACAGCAGAUGAAUUUUAACAACAGGUUAAGUCAAGCCCGAAUGACUGUUGAGCGCACCUUUGGUCGCCUAAAAGGCCGUUGGCGCUGCCUUUUAAAAGAGUGUGAAGCUCACAUCACAUUUGUAAGUCGUAUAGUGUCUGCUUGCUGUGUGCUUCAUAAUUACUGUGAAGAACAUAAUGAGGAAUUUCUAGAGGGAGAUUGUGCUACAGUAGAGGAAGAGGGUGUUGGUUAUCAAGAAGAGGUGAAUGCACAACAGCAGCCCAAUAACAUCAGAGAUGCGUUAUGUCAGUAUUUUUCUACAUUGUGA